CAAGCUGUGUCUUCUGUCUUUGGACGGAAACAGGGAGUAAAGACUUUCCUUCCUUUGAAAAGACUUUCUUUCUCAGGUCAAGACUCUACAAUAAUGGCGACAUCAACGAACGACUCAGCCAAAACCGAGACAAAACCAAUGCGUCAACGCAUGACGGAGUACAUCCUCGACUUACAGGAACGUAUCGUCACCGCUCUAGAAGGCGUCGAUGCCUCCGCUCCAAAGUUCAAACGCGACUCAUGGACACGCGCUCAGGGAGGGUACGGUACCUCCUGUGUCUUCGCUUCACCUCCUUCCUCGGAUUCUCCGGAUUCUCUAUCUCCUCCACUUGAUCCGGGAAAAGUUACGGUCUUGGAAAAGGGUGGAGUGAAUAUAAGUGUGGUUCAUGGGAUGCUUCCACCGAGUGCGAUAAAACAAAUGGUUGCGGAUCACUCGAGCAUACCGUUCAAUCCGAACGAUCCGAACCCAAAGAGUUUACCGUUCUUCGCUGCUGGGAUCAGUUUGGUGAUCCAUCCAAGGAACCCUAGUGCUCCGACUGUACAUGCAAAUUAUAGGUAUUUCGAGUUGACAGAACCAGACGACGACAACUCCGCGAAAGAAACCGUUAAAAAGGAAGAAGAAACAAACGACACUGACGUGAAGCAACCAAAAGUCCUCGCAUGGUGGUUCGGUGGAGGUGCAGACCUCACUCCUUCCUACUUCUUCGAAGCCGACACACAGCACUUCCACAAAACUCUCAAAUCCGCAUGCGAGCCACACGGAAGUGCUCUCCACCCUGCGUUUAAAUCCUGGUGCGAUGAAUACUUCUUUAUCACACAUCGAGGCGAGUCACGUGGGAUAGGAGGGAUAUUCUUUGAUGACUUGUCGUCCGAUCCACAUAAACGACUUCCGGAUUCCUCACCGAAAGCAUCACGACCCAUAACGCAAGAAGAGAUCUUCGCCUUUGUGCGUUCCUGUGGAGACGCAUUCAUACCUUCAUACAUCCCCAUCCUCGAACGGCGAAAGGAUACACCCUGGAAUCCUCAUAUGCGUCGAUGGCAGCUCCUUCGUCGGGGCCGAUACGUCGAGUUCAACCUUGUGUAUGAUAGAGGUACGAAGUUCGGGCUGAUGACACCUGGCGCUCGAGUAGAGAGUAUUCUGAUGAGCUUACCGGAGACGGCGAGGUGGGAGUAUAUGAGUGAGAUGGGGACGGAGGAAGGAACUGAGGAAGCGAAGCUACUGGAGAUCUUGAGGAAGCCGAGGGAUUGGGCAUGAGUAGAAAGAUGAAGGAGAUUGAAUAAUAGUAGCUAAUAGGAAAGUACUUUGGCUUUACGUGGAUUUCGGACCUGCAUCUGGUAGACAUGCCUCCGCUCUAUGUAACUCUGUAUAACUUAUCAAAAAAUAAGAUAGCAACUUGCAAGUCUCAAGACCUUUUU